AUGGCGUUGCGACUCUCUUUGGUGGCAGUCCUACUCCUGUUCUCGGCGGCUAGUACUACUACGACAACAGCAGCUGCUGCUCAAGCCCUCCCAGCUGACUGCCCAGACAAGUGCGGCAAUCUCACAAUUCCAUAUCCAUUUGGCAUGAAGAAGGGUUGUUACCUGCGAAAAGAAUUCUUUAUCAAUUGUAAGAAUACCACCCAAGGACCAACAGCAUAUUUGAUGGAAGGGAAUAUCAUUGUUACUAACAUUUCCCUUGAUGACGGUGAGUUGCAAAUAUUGGCCAACGUAGCUGAAGAUUGCUAUAACGCCGAGGGCAAUAGGACGUCCAGCUUCCGUUCUUGGCUCGAGCUGCCUCUUCCUUACACGAUCUCCGAUUCCAAAAACAAGUUCUACGCCGUUGGUUGUGACACGUAUGCAACCAUGCACGGCUUACUAUGGGAAGAUGAAUUCAUUACUGGGUGCGUGUCAGUAUGCUACACCCGCGGCAGUGUUGAUAAGAAGUCUUGCUCUGGCGCUGGGUGUUGCCAGACUAACAUCCCCAGUGGAUUGUACAAUCUCACUGUGAGGUUAAAUAGCUACUUCAAACAUUCGUAUGUGCUGGACUUUAACCCCUGCAGCUACGCCUUCAUUGCAGAGCAAGGGAAGUUCAAUUUCUCCCCUACCAGUUUUGAACAACUGAAUGGCACCGAAGGGCUUCCAAUGGUUCUUAAUUGGGCCAUUGGGAAUGAAAGAGACGCUUGUGAUGGAGCUCAGAAAAGGAAGGAUUUAGCAUGCAGAGGUAAUUAUAGCAUGUGCAUAAACCGGCCUAUCAAUGAGUCAGGAGGUUACUUGUGCCGGUGCCUGCCUGAUUAUGAAGGAAACCCUUACCAUCCAGAUGGUUGCCAAGGUGGUCUUUAA